CGAGACCCAGUGCAGCAUAGUGAAGAGUGUGAGUGUUUAUUUCCGGGAGGAGGAAGACUACAGUGAGCGGGGAAGGAUCUCGCUCUGUUUGCACAGCUAGCACUCGGAGAGUUAAUUCUGCAGAGGAAAUAAAGCAAGGCGCAGGUCGCCUUCUUCUUCAAGUCCAGACAACAAGAAAAGCGCACAAACCCACGGACACAGUAGGCAGGUAGUGUGGCUGAAUAUCAAAUCCUUUCCACGUACAGGAUACCGGGGUGCAGAAUGGACUACGAAAGACCCAACGUAGAAACAAUAAAGUGUGUUGUGGUGGGAGACAAUGCUGUCGGGAAGACUCGCCUUAUUUGUGCCCGAGCUUGUAACACCACUUUGACCCAAUACCAGCUGCUGGCCACCCAUGUCCCAACAGUCUGGGCUAUUGAUCAGUACCGAGUCUGCCAAGAGGUAUUAGAGCGGUCCAGAGAUGUGGUGGAUGAUGUCAGUGUGUCCCUCAGGCUGUGGGACACCUUCGGAGACCACCACAAAGACAGACGCUUUGCCUACGGCAGGUCUGACGUCGUGGUUCUCUGCUUUUCCAUUGCCAAUCCCAACUCCCUCCAUCAUGUGAAGACCAUGUGGUACCUGGAGAUCAAACACUUCUGCCCACGUACACCUGUUAUUCUAGUAGGGUGUCAACUUGACCUACGCUAUGCAGACUUGGAGGCUGUCAACCGGGCUAGACGGCCAUUAGCAAGGCCUAUAAAACCAGGCGAUAUUUUGCCCCCAGAGAGAGGGUGGGAAGUCGCCAAGGAGUUGGGGAUUCCAUACUAUGAGACAAGUGUCUUUGAUCAGUUUGGCAUUAAAGACAUCUUUGACAAUGCUAUCCGAGCUGCUCUCAUCUCCAGACGCCACCUUCAGUUCUGGAAGUCUCAUCUACGGAAGGUCCAGAAGCCCCUCUUGCAGGCACCAUUCCUCCCGCCAAAGGCCCCACCACCGCUAAUCAAGAUCCCAGACUGUCCACGGAACAACCAAGAUGGCCCCAGGAGACUGCUGGAGAACCCCUUCUGUGCUGAUGUCUUGUUCAUUGUUCAAGAACACUUCAAUGUGUUUGCCCACAAGAUCUACCUAUCUACCUCAUCCUCCAAGUUCUAUGACCUGUUCCAGAUGGACAUCUCCGAAGAGUCCCAGUGCAUGGUUGCGACAGAACGUCACAGACGAGAGCACCUGAUGCGAACCUUUAGCCUAGACACAGAUGAAGCCAUGGCUGUGGUGCCUAACCUCUCCCCUAGCUCCCUACGGGCUUCCAAAAGUGAUGGGACUCUGAAGGUAAUGAGCUUUGAUGGCAAGCACCACCACAACAAGCUGUCCUUGGCAUUUUGGUGCAAGGCCUUCCAGAGCAUCCACAAAGAAAGCGUGGUUAACCCGGUAACAGGAAGAGCAGCUGUCAUGACGGUGGUGAAGAUGGAUAACUCCUUCCAGCUGGGUCCCUUCAAUGCAGUGCUGAGGUUCCUGUACACAGGAGAACUGAAUGAAAGGGAAAUAGACCUGAUGAAGAUUGCUCAGAUUGCUGAGAUCCUAGAGGUUUUUGACCUAAGAAUGAUGGUGGAGAAUAUCAUGAACAAAGAAGGCUUUAUGAAUAAGGAAAUCACAAAAGCAUUUCAUGUGAGAAAAGCCAACAGGAUUAAGGAGUGUCUUGCCAAGAACAGCUUCACAGAUGUGGUGUUUAGUUUGGAUGAUGGCACCAUCAAUGCCCAUAAGCCUUUGCUGAUCUCCAGUUGUGACUGGAUGGCUGCUCUCUUUGGAGGCUCAUUCAUAGAGAGUGCAAAUAAUGAGGUCUCUUUUCCUAACACCAGCAGGGCGUGUAUGCAGGCAGUGCUGGAGUAUCUCUACACCAAUCAGCUGUCACCCAUGGCUGAUUUGGACCCAAUGGAAUUAAUUGCUCUGGCAAACAGACUGUGCCUUCCCCGCCUCAUUGCCCUGACAGAGCAAUAUGCUGUGAGUGAGCUGGUGAAAGCCUCUCGGGAUGGCCAAGACACAGACGGCGAGGUUCUCAACUACCUGGAGCUUGCACAGUUCCAUAAUGCCAACCAACUUACUGCUUGGUGCCUGCAUCACAUAUGCACUCAUUAUAAUAACAUCUGUGCCAGUUAUCGCAAAGAAAUCAAGUCCAAAUCGCUAGAAAACCAAGAGUAUUUUGAGAAGCAUCGCUGGCCUCCGGUUUGGUACCUGAAGGAGGAAGAUCACUAUCAGCGGGUGAAGAAGGAGAGAGAGAAGGAAGAUGUGGUCCUGAACAAGCACCUCUCUCGCCGUCGCUGGUGUUUCUGGAGCACUUCUCCUGCCGUGGCCUAAGGGAGACAGACAGCCAGAGACAGCACUUCCUUUCCUGCUAACUGCUCGCCAUUUUCUGUCUUAACCUACAGAUGAUGUAUCUGGAAAUGCACUGAAAUCUUAUCUUUUGGACUUGCAUACAUACGUGCAGUCAGUGAAACAGACAUACAAAAGGUUCAAAGCACAAUCUACAAUCUGCAUCCACAGAAUACAGGCCAUCAAAUGUAGUAAUGCUCAACCAAAAAAGAAAAAAAAAGGUUGUAAAGUUUAUUUAAAAAAAAAGUGGAUGGGGGAGAAAAUCUACACUUUGGGCAUAACUAAUUUCUAAUAUUCCCUUGAUCUCUGUUUCCUUCUAUGUAGUUUUAAGUACAAAAUCUUUCUCCAGCUUUUAAAAGAGCUUGAUUUAACUGCUGCUAACAAUCACAAACUCAUAGCUGACGUUAAUAGUGAUUUUCAAACUGGCGUUUUGGAAUAAUUAUGCACGAUCACCUUAUAUCCUGAUAAACUACCUUCUCUAACAUGGCGUUUAUGACUCAAACGUGUGUCCUGUGUGUUUGUGUGUGUGUGUGUGUGUGGUGUGAGAUCUGUGUGUGCUGUAAACUAAACAGCAGCUUCCUUUGACACCAGCCCUAAUAAGAAACAUCAGGUACAUCAGUGCAGUUACUUAUCCACUGUAUAUUCUAGUACCAGGGAAUACCAUAGCUCACCUAGCUAGUCCUGUAAUUCUGUAUAAACAUUUAGGGUUGAAUCAAACAAUAACUCCUUAUUAGAAGGGCUUAUCACUAUGGCUUAGUUCAGGGCUUACUUGAAACCAAGAAGCAAAACAAUCAAUAACCGCUGAUCACAUAUACUAUCUUCACCGUGAUUGUGCUAGAUGUUCUGUGUAGGCUUAGUGUAGUGGAGUUUAACUUUACACUUUACACAUUAAAGAUUGCUAUAGUCAUUAAUGGGUUAAGAAAUUACAAGGUGAAUGUAAAUGAGCAAUAAGCUAAAUGUGCAGGCUUUUUGCUUUCAGGUGAUUCUGUUGUGUGUAAGUCGUGUCAGUCAGGAUAGAUGAUGUGUACUCGAUGUGGGUGUUUGUCUGUGAUGCACCACCUCUUCAUCAUCAUCAUAUCAUCCCAAUCCUGGCAGGUCAAACUGACACUGAGGGGAAACGUAAUACUUGAAAAAUAAAAUCCUUCUAUCUUUACAACCCAUGUAGGCUUGUCUUUAGUUCGAGAGAACUUUACAUAGCGGAAGUUCACAGUUCAUUUUCUGGCAGAUAUUAUGUUAAUUGUUAUUAGUUUCUGCAAACCAAGUGGCUGGUUCAUUUGGUACUUGGCCUUUAAUUUUGCUGGUCAUCAUCCUUAUUGCUGGCUGUUUAUUUAUUCAUGUAUUUAUUUGUUUAUUUUCUAAACAGAGUAUUCUUUGGUGAAUUACAAUAAAUUAUCAAUUUACUUAUGCAGAGUGCUAUUUGUUUUCUGUCACUGUAAAGUAUAUCUUAUCUCUUAUACCACAUCACUGUUACGUUCUCAAAUGUGAUCGGUUAUAACAGCAGCUCUGACAGCAGUGUCGGCUGUAAUGCAUUAUCAUUUCUAUGGUAACAGCUCAUUCACAGGGACUUGAAUGUCAGAG